AUGUGUCGUCUGGCUACAGUAACAUCACUUUAAUAGCUAAAUUGUUAACGUUAUCUGAGUUGCGUCUUGAAGAUAACAACUAUAGUCAUAGUUGUCACUAUAACGUACUGUAGCUAUCUGGAUACUUGAAGAUGGAUGGAGGACAAGCAUCUAAAGUCAACGUUCAAUUGGAGCGAUUUGUUGUACUUGCCACAAAGGCUGAAGGUCCUGCGUUGGUUGUCCUCAUAAAACAGCUUUUAGAUGCACCUGGAGUUUACGUAUUUGGGGAAUUCUUGAAUCUCCCUUGUGUGCGAAAGUUAUCUUCAGGCUCCAGUAAAGGCUAUUGUGAGCUUUUGAACAUGUUUGCAUAUGGUACCUUCAAAGACUACAAAGAAAAGAAGAAUGAUCUACCACCUUUGACUGAAGUUCAGAAGAACAAACUGAGACACCUGACAAUAGUGAAUUUAGCUGCUAAAAAUAAGUGCAUCCCAUACUCGUUGCUGCUGGCGGAAUUGGAGCUGGCCAGCGUGAGGCAGCUGGAGGACGUGAUCAUCGAGGCGCUGUACGCCGACGUGAUCCAGGGCAAGCUGGACCACUGCGGGCAGCAGCUGGAGGUGCACUCCUGCUUGGGCCGCGACAUCCAGCCUACGGACCCCGGACGCCUGGUGUCCACCCUGCAGCAGUGGUGCAGCAGCUGUGAGACGGUCCUGGGCGCCAUUGAGCUGCAGCUGGACCGGGUCACUCAGUUAGUGGAGCUGCAGAAGAUGAACCAGCAGCAGGUGGAGGAGGAGGCCAGAAUCAUCCAGAAGGUACUGGAUGCGGCGGCGGCUGCGGCUGCGGCUGCCGAAGCUCCCUGAUGCCUGGACAGAGGCCCAUCACAUCCAACAUCCAAGUCCAAACAUUAGAGGUGAAGUUCAUGGAUAUGGGCCGUUAUGUUCCACCUGAUGUGUUACUCCUUAAGGGUUCAUGUCAAAGUAGGACCACUUUAAAGUCACUCGUUCCUGUUUGAUUGUGGGCGAGGAACAGCUGAUGUUUUACUUCCUCUGUUCUUUAUUACGUUCAGUGAAUCAAAGAGCCAAAGUUCAUACUCCUCUUUUUUA